CCUUAACUCGCUCCCCAAAGCUCGUCCUUGUGAGUCCAGCAGAAUGUGACCGCUGGAAAUAGAGUUGUCCUGCCCUUUUGCUCCAGUUGGUGUCGCUGCUGAGGUAGGCCGUGUGCAUGCAUCCUGGUGUCACGUCGCGGCUUCCAUGGAAGCUGGAAUCAGCUCUGUGAGCAUCAUGAGUCACUUCUGAGGCUGGCCGUGCGUAAGCAACCUGGGAUCACAUCACGGCUUCCAUGGAAGGUGGAAUCGGCUCAGGUUGUGGAAAGUGGGACCUGUUGAUUGACGAGUGAACAAUUUUAUACAAACAUAUAACCCUGAACUUUGCAUGCAUUCUGUAAGUUAGUGUGUUUUAAGUUGACUUAGUCAAAAAAAUGCCGCUGUAAUGCACCAUUUGGGCUAAUUGGAGGUCACAAACAGACAGACAGAGGUUUUAAUAGUAUAUACAGGCAGUCCCCGGGUUACGAACGAGUUCCAUUCCUGAGUCCGUCUUUAAGUCAGAUUUGUGUGUAAGUCGGAACAAGUACAUCCGGUAUUAUUUAGCAUCAGUUAGUCAAACAUUUGUCUUAGUAUAUAGUAUAUAUUUUACCUUUAUGCAUUCAAAAUGCUUAAGAAAGGUAUGUAUUUAAAUAAUUAAACCACUGUGUUGCUUAGUAAUAAUUGUAGCUUUCAUUGGGGCAGGGCCUUUCACAUUAUUGUUCUCACUUUAUCCUUUGAAAUUGAUCUGAUCAUUGACCAACUGUAGCCUAACGCUUUUCCGGUGACUGAUGGUGUUUUACCUCUUUCUGAUCGCUUUAUUAUUUCCACUUUAGAAACAUAGAAACAUAGAAAACAGGUGCAGGAGUAGGCCAAUCGGCCCUUCGAGCCUGCACCGCCAUUCAGUAUGAUCAUGGCUGAUCAUCCAACUCAGAACCCUGUACCUGCUUUCUCUCCAUACCCCCGAUCCCUUUAGCCACAAGGGCCAUAUCUAACUUCCUCUUAAAUAUAGCCAAUGAUCCGGCCUCAACUGUUUCCUGUGGCAGAGAAUUCCACAGAUUCACCACACUCUGUGUGAUGAAGUUUUUCCUCAUCUUGGUCCUAAAAGGCUUCCCCUUUAUCCUUAAACUGUGACCCCUCAUUCUGGACUUCCCCAACAUCGGAAACAAUCUUCCUACAAUCUAGCCUGUCCAAUCCCUUUAGAAUUUUAUAUGUUCAAUAAGAUCCCCUAAUCUUCUAAAUUCCAGUGCAUAUAAGCCUAGUCGAUCCAGUCUUUCUUCAUAUGGAAGUCCUGCCAUCCCAGGAAUCAAUCUGAUGAACCUUCUUUGUACUCCCUCUAUGGCAAGAAUGUCUUUCCUCAGAUUAGGGGACCAAAACUGCACACAAUACUCUAGGUGCGGUCUCACCAAGGCCUUGUACAACUGCAAUAGAACCUCCCAAAUCUUUUUGCUAUGAAUGCCAACAUACCAUUUGCCUUUUUCACCACCUGCUGUACCUGCAUGCCCACCUUCAAUGACUGGUGUACAAUGACACCCAGGUCUCGUUGCACCUCCCCUUUUCCUAAUCGGCCACCGUUCAGAUAAUAAUCUGUUUUAAUAAUAAUCUUAUUUUCAAUCGUGAUCAUUUUCCAUCAACGGAACAGAUUCAGCAGUAGUGAGCUCCCCCGGGUCCUAAAGUCCACUGCACAGUAUCAGGUUAAAUGGGACAAGUGAGGGCGGUGCUGACUGGAAAAGGGGGAUCAGGGUGAAUCUUGCUUAGAAAAAUUUAAGCCAAAUACAAAGUUACAUACUCAACACAGUGUUAACGGCAACGACUUAAAAUGGUGGACAGUGUCGUGAUCUGACUUAAAUUGGUGGACGGCGUUCUCCUUCCUCCAUUUGUAAGUACGAGUCGUUCGUAAGUCAGACAUUCAUCACUCGGGGACUGCCUGUAGAUAGAUGUUCGUUUCAGGUUAUGUCUCAAGUCAACUUGUUUACAUUCCUGGGUGCCAGAUAAGACGUCACUGGCAUCAUCGCUAAGCGACGGUCUAUUAAAGCAACUGUCUCCUGCAAGAGAACUGUUGGGGUGUUGAUUAUGUGUUAUAAUAUAUUUGAGAUGGGAAUGGUUUAAAUUAUAUAGGUUAAUUGGUUUGACCAGGUUUUUUCUCUUGUCUCUUUGAUAUUAUUGUCUAUGAGAACCGCUUUGCCUUUCUAAUGUGUUGGCACUAGAGGGAGGCGGUUAAUGUUCAGUAUUGACAUUGCUAAGUGACACUCACAGAUGUUACAAAGUAAAGGGCUGAAUGGGAGGGGUAAUGGGAAGGGGGUAACUCAGGGCUCCACCACCAACUUACAAAAACAGAUCUGGUGAAGAUGAGCAACACAGAUAAAUUAGAAAGUCUUACUAUUGUAUCAUUGUUAGAGGAUUAAACUCUCCCUACAAGUGUUCAAAAGCUUUGAAUUUCUUACACAGUUACCUGGAAUUAUCAUCAGCAAGAGUAAAUGAUGCACGACCAAACACACUUUGGACAAAUUUGAUAUCUAACUUAAAAGAUUUUCUGUUAAAAUAGGAAUGCUCUGUCUGUGUAUGCACUACCAUUCAGUUGGUUGGUAGAGGGUGGGGAGAGAGAGGAGGUGGCGGUGGCUGUGUAAUUGGCAACUGGUUGUAUUGAAUGUAAUUUGUUGGUGUUGCAGUAAAAAUUAGUGAUACAAAACAAAAAAAAGUAUUGUGUUCAUAAAAUAGACUGUAACACAUCAGGGACAUGUUUACUUCAUUCCUAUUACAGACAAUCCAGUGUUCUCAAUUGUGAUUUAUCAGCCACUACCUUUCAUUUCCAAGCAUUUCAUGAGUAAAACAAAAAGAAAAGGAGAUCUUCACCUAGGGCCCAACUCCUCUGAGUCCAGUGACAAAAUGGCCAUAGAUUGUGGUCCCUCUUGGUGGAGCCUAUGCAGUGUCAACACUGAAUUGAGCUGUUGAGGUUGAUACAUGGUUGAGGUGUAUCCCUCAACCCCUGCUUCUGCCCCUGCAUAUUCAAACAUGCAGUUGACUUUGUCCACAUAUUGAUGAGCAUUCACUCUGGAAGAGCAAUAGAUUUUGGGGAGACCAUACACCACUGCAUCUCUUUCCUGACUUGCUGGUCAAACGAAAUGUCCACAAGGAGGUGAUUGACCAUUCAUCUGCACGGCAGCCAUCUUGAGCACAGUGUGUGAUAGGGCUGAACUGGGCAGGAUAGAUCUGAUGGGGGCUCUCACUAACAGAAGUUGUUGCUUGUUUGUGAAUUCUGAAAUCUAGUCAGCUCCAUCUUGGGUACUAGCCUACAAAGUACCCAGGACAUCUUUAGGGAGUGGUGUCUCAGGAAGGCAGUUUCCAUUUUUAAGGACCUCCAGCACCCAGGGCAUGCCCUUUUCUCACUGUUAACAUCGGAUAGGAGGUACAGAAGCCUGAAGGCACAGUCAGUGAUUCAGGAACAGCUUCUUCCCCUCUGCCUAAGUGGACAUUGAAUCUUUGGACACUACUUCGCUUUUUUAAAUAUACAGUAAUUCUGUUUCUUGCACAUUUUUAGUCUAUUCAAUGUACAUAUACAGUAAUUGAUUUAUUAAUUUAUUUUUUAUUAUUUUUAUUUUAUUUUUUCUCUUCUAUAUUAUGUAUCACAUUGAACUGCUGCUACGAAGUUAACAAAUUUCACGUCACAUGCCAGUGAUAAUAAACAAUAUAGUGAGAGAAGCUUCCACAGGAACCACCACUCUUUCUGCAAUGCCUUCAGAUCAGUCUGUGUGGACUGCCUGGUGGAUGUCUUUGUUUCCACAGGAAUAUUUUCACAAGGGUAAAGUACUGUGGAAAGAUCCAACAAUCAUCAGCAAUGAAACUAGCAAACAAGAAGAACUUCAGCACACACAAUAUGCCAUAAGACCAUAAGAUAUAGGAUCAGAAGUAGGCCAUUUGGCCCAUUGAGUCAGCUCUGUCAUUCAGUCAUGGGUUGAUCCAAUUCUUCCAAUCAUCUCCACCCUUGCCUUCUCCCCAUACCCUUUGAUGCCCUGGCUAAUCAGGAACCUAUCUAUCUCUGCCUUAAAUGCCCCCAGUGACUUGGCCUCCACAGACACUCGUGGCAACAAAUUCCACAGAUUUACCACUCUCUGACUAAAGUAAUUUCUCCACAUCCUUCGAUCCCUCUUGUCCUUGUUACGCCUGUGCCCCAACUCGUAGGGGCCGAAGGGUACAAAGUAGCCCCCUCCUUUUUGAGAGUCAAAAGAUCGCUAUUAAUUCAGGUCAGGAGACCCAGGAAAUGAGGGAAAGACACGCAGAAUCCACAAGGGGUUUGGAAUGUCCUGGCCCCUCAGCGAUACAAAGCCACGGGAAACGGCCAUUGUCUCUUGGAGACGGGAUUGUGUAUUGAGUACUGUACUAUUUAUUUGAAGCCCUCAGGGAAUUACCAAAGUGGGCUGGGUUGAGGGAUGGCACCAUCCCAACCUGAUUGACAUCUGAGACCCCGUGAGUAAGGAUAAAAGAGGGUCUGGAGAACAACCCCUUUAGACACACCAGGAGAAACGCUAGAAAUCCCGUGACAGCGUUUAAUAGCGACAGCCGGUGGGGCUCACGUGUGUCCUUUCCCGUUGCCUGGGAUUGGGGCCUUACCACGGAAGACAGCUUAGCUAAAGAAGAGAUCACCACCAACAAAAUUUAGAAGGAUCGACAUCAUAAAAAGGAAAAGCUGGCAAGUUCUAAAAAUCUGUCUUUCUCCAACCAAAGGCUGCAACCUGAAUGAACUAAAGUGACUUUUAUAUUUCCAUCGGACAAUACAUUAUCCCCUAGACAAUGAUAGAGCUAUUUCUUAUUGAUUAUUAUUAUACCCAUGCUUUUAGAUUUAGUAUUGAUGACGUAUAUUAUCUGUAUGUUUGCAUUGAUAUUAUUUUUGUGUAUUUUUAUCAAUAAAUACUGUUAAAAAUAGUACCAUCAGACUUCAAUGGACCUCUCUAUCUUUGCUGGUGAGUGACCCAGUUACGGGGUACGUAACAACUUGGGGUUCUCGUCUCGGGAUUUGAUACCAAAUUGGGAGGCCAGUGAAUCGGGCUUGUAAGUCCAAACUUGGAUCUGGUUACGCGGAUAGCCAGAAGGGAAACCAGCAAAGAUGGACAUGGAUAAAUUUAUAGAAAACCCAACUCUGGAGACGCUAGAGGCGGCCACCAAAUCGGACUUGAUAAGUAUGGCGAAGGGACUAAACCUCGCGGAGGAGAGGUUGUCAAUGAAAAAGCGGGACGUGCGAAGGGCUAUAACUCAGUAUUAUAUUGGGAAGAAUGUGUUUGCAGCUGAGGUAUUGGAAAAUAUCCCUGAAAAGGUACCAGCUAGUGGGACGGCUCAGUUAGAGUUGGAGAAAUUAAGGUUGGAACAUGCAAUUAAGUUAAAGCAGCUGGAAGCAGCUGAGAAGGAGAAAGAAAGAGCCGAGAGAGAGAAAGAAAGGACCGACAAACAAAGGGAGCAUGAGCUCCAGCUAAAGGAGUUAGAGGUGAAAAAAGAGCAGGACAGAGCUGAGAGGGAGAGAGCCGAGAAGGAGAGAGAGUAUGAGGAGGCAGAGAAACAGAGGCAACAUGACUUGGAUAUGGAGAAGUUAAGGCAAGAGCGAAGAGCUCAAGGGUCAGACCGAGAGGAGCAGUUUAAUGUUAGUCAGGAGUUGAGGUUAGUACCUCCAUUCGAGGAAACGGAUGUUGAUAGUUAUUUCUUGCAUUUUGAAAAGGUGGCAGAGAAUCAGAAGUGGCCCAAAGAGCAGUGGGUGGCGUUGUUACAAAGUGUGUUAAAAGGGAAGGCACAAUGGGCAUAUGCAGCGUUGUCCAUGGAGGAGGAAGAGGCGGAGAAUUAUGACAAAGUAAAGGAGGCCAUUCUCCGGACCUACGAAUUGGUACCUGAAGCAUAUAGACAAAAGUUCAGAAAUUUAAAGAAAGGGUGGAAUCAGACAUAUACCAAGUUUGCCUAUGAGAAGGGUGUGCUCUUGGAUCGUUGGUGUACAGCAGAACUAGUGGAAGAGGAUUUUUGGCAUCUCAGGGAGUUAAUUCUGAUUGAGGAAUUUAAAGGUGGUAUUUCGGAGGAUAUCCAGAUGUAUUUGAAUGAGAAGCCGAAUAAGUCCAUCUCCGAAUUUGCUAGGUUCACAGAUGAAUAUGCCCUAACCCACAAGACAAAGUUUUCCUCGAAUAAGAGUUACCAGAGGGACCGUGGGAAAGAUACAGAAAGCCCACCGGCUGAGGCAGAGGUCCCGCCGGGAGCUAGUGGUAAGAUUGAGGGGGAGAGGCAAGACGGCCAGAGAUUUCCGGGCUUGACCUGUUUUAAUUGUGGAAAGGGGGGACAUAAUGCAUCUAGAUCAGGCAUGGGCAAACUACGGCCUGCGGGCCAUAUGCGGUUAAACUUUUUAAUCCGGCCCGCAGAACUUGAUGAAAGUAUAUUAAUAAACCUUGUUAACAUUUUUUCCCCGCAAUUCUGGCGUUUUCCCAAUAGAUGACGCACUCUAUAUGUUGAGGUGCAGCGUAUUACUCCACAUAUUCUUUGUUCGGCUCGACCUAUUUGUGUGAACAGGCGUUCAGCGUCAUGAACAUCAACAAAGCCAGCCACAGAUCCAAGUUAACUGACCAACACCGCAGAUCCAUCCUGAGAAUCGCCACAACAAAACUAAAUCCAGACUUUGAUGCGCUGGCUAAAAAGGGAGACCAACAACACUGUUCCCACUGAAAUUAAAAAUAAGUUUCUUCGUUGUGUUAUGUAAAAAAUGCAUUUGAAAAUAUUUUUUUCAAUAAGCCUUACAUGUUACAUGUCAUUUCUGUUAAGUGAUGGACAUGAGUAGUGCGCAGGUGCACGUACGUUCUCAAAAUAAAAAAUGCGCUCCAGAUCAAAUAACGCGCUCCGCAUACUGGUGCGCUGUCACUGUUCUGUCCUUGUGCUGGUCAUUGUUGAGUUUUGGCACAGGGGACAAUUGAAUAAGAAGGAGCAGGACAAGUAGACCUGCAUCUCCUACUGUUUUUGAAAUAAAGUCAGUCAGGAGGAGAGUGAUGAUGAUAAUAUCUUGAAGGAUAACAGAAUUUU